AUGGAAAGAUCGCAGAGCCGCAUCAGCCUGUCGGCGUCCUUCGAGGCCCUCGCCAUCUACUUCCCCUGCAUGAACUCCUUCGACGAGGAUGAUGGGGUGGAUACAGAGGGCAGGAAGUUGAAGGGAACCAUCCAGAGGAGUACGGAGACGGGUCUGGCUGUAGAGAUGCCCAGUCGGACCGUCCGACAGGCCAGCCACGAGUCUAUAGAGGACAGCAUGAACAGCUACGGCUCAGAGGGGAACCUGAACUACAGUGGCAUGUGUUUGGCAUCGGAUGCACAGUUCAGCGACUUCUUGGAUGGGAUGGGACCCGCUCAGUUUGUUGGGCGACAAACACUGGCGACAACAUCCAUGGGUGACGUAGAGAUCGGUCUGAUGGAGAGGAACGGGGGUCUGGAGGUGGAGGUAGUCCAGGCCAGAGGACUCACUAUGAAACCAGGAUCAAAGGGACCUCCAGCGGCCUACAUCAAAGUUUACCUCCUGGAGAACGGGAUCUGUGUGGCCAAGAAGAAGACCAAGUCAGUGAGGAAGUCUCUGGAUCCUCUCUACAACCAGGUCCUGGUCUUCUCUGAAAGCCCACAGGGGAAAGUGGUGCAGGUGAUCGUUUGGGGCAACUAUGGACGGAUGGACCGCAAAUGCUUCAUGGGCGUAGCUCGAAUCCUGUUGGAGGAGUUGGACCUCAGCACAAUGGUGAUUGGCUGGUACAAGCUCUUCCCUACCUCCUCCAUGGUGGACCCAACGAUGGCGCCGCUCAUCCGCCACUCCUCCCAGAUGUCCCUGGAGAGCACCAUUGGGCCCUGUUGUGAGCGAUCCUAAGACUCGAGAAAAAUAUAUAGAUCUGUUGUUGCGACGCAGAUGCCAUUGCUGUCUCAACCAAAUCCUAAGACACAUUUUUA